CCUAUUGAUCAAAUUUCAAGCAGAGAAGGCACGAGGCACUUACGUCACGUCACUUCUAAAAAAAGGAGGAGGACACAGCAGAACCAAAACAGGCAUCCCAGCAUCACCGUCACCAGGACAACACAAGAUAGGAUGGCUGAGGGCACAGUGUCCCUGGCGGAGGUGGAGAGCUCCUUCCGGAAGUUUGCCAUGCAUGGUGACACCAAAGCCACAGGGAAGGAGAUGACUGGCAAGAACUUUGUGAAGCUCUGCAAGGACUGCAAGGUCAUCGAUAGCAAGAGCAUCACCAGCACCGACGUGGACAUUGUCUUCAGCAAAGUCAAGGCAAAGACCGCCCGUGUGAUCACCUUCGAGCAGUUCUGCCAGGCACUGGCAGAAUUGGCCCCCAAACGCUUUAAAGGAAAGGGCCAGGAAGAGGCGCUGCAGCUGCUGUAUGGCCUGAUCGCAGGCAAAGAGCCCGCCAAUGUGGGUGUCACGAAAGUGGCCAAGGCUGGAGCGGUGGACAGACUGACAGACACCAGCAAGUACACGGGCUCGCACAAGGAGCGCUUCGAUGACACGGGCAAGGGCAAGGGCAAAGUGGGCAGGGAGGACAUCCCAGACACCAGCGGCUACGUUGGGGCCUACAAGGGUCAGGGCACCUACGACGAAAAGGUCAAGGAGGACAAGUGAACAAGGAGGGCAUGAGGAGAGCCCGUUGCUGAAGGCCUUUCACCCCCAGAUGCUGCUUCUGUGCUUUUAUUUAAAGCUUCGAUAGAUGAAUAUGUUAGUGGACUGGCUUAACACUGUACACCUUGUCCAUCGGGCGCUAUCUUCCUGAGUCACAGCACUAAAGCUCCGGUCACAUUUGUGAACAAUGACUGUUAAAGUAGCAAUGACUGUAAAUCACUUUGUUACCAACAUGCCAACUAACGUGUUACUACUCAGUGCACCUGCAAAUCUGCUCCUUUUGUGCACACUUCGGAGAGGAAGCAAGCAGACCGCCAUACGCUGCUGUUUUUUACAGGGGUUGUGCAAACUAUGUAGCUAGUUAUGCUAGCGGCCACUCCUUCCCAGGGGAUUCCUUAAAACCACCUGCAUGUCCUCCAUUUUUAAGGCAUGGAAAGAGGGCUGGGUUUGUCAUUAAGCAUGCGGCCUUAGCCAGGUUUGUCUAGGAUUUCGUCUUCCAUUUUUAAAACAUGCCUCAUGCCCUGCUGAAUGAUCACAAUGAUAGGAUUGUACCAGUUUUUUUUUACAAAGCUGUGAUUGGUUAGCGUCACAAAACAUUGGAGUCACACCUUGCAAACCAUUCUGAAAGUAAUCCCAAGGUUAGCCAUUGCUUUUCUUUGAGGUUAUUUACUCAGAUAUUGUUGUAGCGAUCUUUACUCAUUCUUCACGUGUUUGCACUGGAGAGAUGUAGGUGUUUUAUGUAUAUUUGUUAUAGUUAUGCAGCAGCUAUGGUAAUUGUUCAAAAUGUGACCGGACCUCAGUCCGUCACUGAUACUGACUGGGUAGAGUUACACUAGAUACACUGACUAAUUGUCAUCCCAUUUAAUUCAUAGCUUUCAGAGAGUCAUUCUAAUGGCUCUGAUUUUAACACAGCAGUAGCACCACACACGCAGUCACUCACACACUCACACACACACACACACACACACACACAC